GCCAGCCGCAUAUAGUGACUCACACAGGCGACACUCGACGUCGACUUCAACCUCAAGAUGCGUGUACCGGUACUCGCUUGCGCCGUCUUCGCCGCCGCCCUCAGCUCUCCCCUCGUCGCUGCCCUUCCCCCGACCAUUCUCCGCCAGGUCUUCUCUUCCGGCUCCUCGAACGCGAACAUCGAACACCGUGCCUUGGGGGAGGCCUUCGACUCAUCCUCCCUCAAGGUCGUUCCUCUUGUUGAGAAGGUCACAGGCGACCAAACGGAUGGAAGCCCUGUAUCCGACUUCGCCCAAUCAGACUCGAUUAUUCCCGGUGCUAUGAAAGCACGGAGUACGUUUGACCGAUUGAUGAAUGCCAUAGCCUCCCCCAACCAACACCACGCCCGCGACACUGCCGAUGGAAGCACAGUCCCCGCUAGUCAUGAUCCCCUCCAGUCGCGCGACGAGCCUAGACGGCUUAUUAUCGGGACCGCGAUGUCGAAGCCUGCCAACAUCGGUCCCAGACAGCCCUCGGAAAAACGAGCUCUGGAUAAGGACACGGCUGGUGGCAAUGCCUACUCGGGCUCAACUGGCGAUGCCUCCGGCGGUAGUGUCGAAUCGUCUCUCCACGACAUGGCCUCCAACUUCCGUUCCGCCUAUCCAAAGCGUACCGAUGACGCAGACACGAUGGGAGGAAACGGCUACACCGGUAGCACGGGAGACGUGAGCGGCGGCUCGAUCUCGAACAUCGCGAACAACGACGGCAUGCCGACGCUCAUGAACAUCAACUCGAACAAUGCCGGCGCCGGCGGCACGUCCGCGUCGGGCUGCGCGAGCGGCGGACACACGAAUACCACUGGCGCCGGCGGUAACGCGUACUCUGGGAGCACCGGGAAGGCGGAAGGAGGGAGCGUGAGCAAUGUCGGUGGGAUGAUCAACAUGAAUUCCAACAACGGAGGUGCUGCAGGGACUUCCCAGAGCGGCUGCGCUACCGGCGGGAACGUCGGUGAUGACAAGGGCACCACGACGACAAAUGAUGACACAGACGAGGACUGGAUGUGGUAGUACAGUAUUGAUUUCAUGCGCGUGACGAUCUUUUCUUCGAGAUACCACAUCACUAGAUACCCACAAUCACUAGAUACCCA